CCUCGCCCAACAAGGGUACCGAGUGCACGACUAGCGUUGUGGCACAGAGGUGUCGCGUGAAAACAGACCGUGUCAGUCACCAUUACUUGCCACGCAAUGGUGGGUCUUCGAGUGACGGCGUUCGUACUCAUCCUGGCGGCGGCGUUCAGCGUUGAGGCUCGCCGUUCAGAAAGUGCUAUAAAAUGGGUGCUCUAUCAUGGAUCAGAAUCCCCUCCGGACAACGCCAUUGUAGCGGGUUUCCAGAGGUUGGACGGGGUGGAAGUUUCUAGCUACGUCGGGCGCGUCUGGAUGAACUCAAUUGGGGCAAUCGUCCCCGCUGUCGUCGCGCAGUGGGAACAGUACUGGGCCUACGCCGCCUUAAGGGGACACACCAUCAGAGAAGUGACGACGUUUGAGGUGGCCGUUCUUGAUAACUCUUCAUCGGCAUCGGUUCAGUGGGUCCCGUCUGCCGGAGGUGUGCCGGAGGGAGCAGUACGGGUGGGAGUAACAUCCGACAACGAGUAUCUGUUCUCGUGCAGAGUGCUCGACCUCGACCUUUCCGACCCGAAUCCGAACGUCGGUCAAAAGAGGAUGAUGACACCAGGAGCGCUGGCCGGCGGAAAAUGUUACAUCGAGUUUUGGGGUAACAGUCUAGAAUACCCGACGUAUGAAGUCCUUGUCAUCAAGGACUAGUAUGGUGACAAAGUCUAUCUGAACUACUGUACACUGUUAGAAAAAAAUUGUGAUUUUACAACACUUUUACCAUACACAGAGAUCCGAAAAUCACAAUACUUUUCUGGGAACCAAAAUCCCAACACUCCUUCGUACUUUCCCAGAAUAUCUACGUGUUUUUCUUUUCCAACAUUCCUUUGUAACCACUCUACAAAGAGCCUUCGUUUUACUCCAUUGAAUCUACGGAAUUAAGAAACUCCAACAUGUCUCCGUUAAAUUCUAGAAAAAUUAGUAAUUUUCAAUGGGUCGGUUUAAUUCACAUCUAUACCAAAUACAGUAGGCUAUUAUUUCUUACAUCUGCAUCCCAGUUGACAAAACUGUUUCAACAUCACACUAUUCAGUUUAAAGAUGUGAAGAAAACGAUACUUUGUUGGGAAUUUGGAAAUGUUCUCUGGAAAUUUGAAACCAACGGUUUGUUGUAAAUUCACAAAGUUUCUUUGUAGCCUAUAGUUUACGAAUAAAUUUCGUUAUAUCCUUAAA